AUGGGGUAUGCUUCUUUAGCAAAUCCUGAAGCAGGGAGAGAGUCCCACCCCCCUAGAAAAGAAAUCUUUGAUUUUUACAAAAUUUUAUGGCACCUAGACAUCCCCCCCAAAUGGCGUACGUUCUUAUGGAAACUUGCUGUCAAUGGAAUUCUUGUCAAAGCUAAUCUUCGAGCUAGAGGAAUUAUCACUGAUACAUUAUGUGACUAUUGCGGUUUAAAGGAGGAGGAUGGUUUUCACCUCCUUCUUGACUGUUCAAUAGCUCGUCAGGAUGGAAUCCAAAGUAAUCGUAUUCAAGCCUUCGUGGCUACUUUGUGGGCUAUAUGGAUUACAAGGAAUAAGCGUGUUUUUCAAGGAGAAAAUGGGUACUUAAGAUGUUACUUUGGUAAUCUUAAAGAGGUUUCUUUAGGACAAUUGAAUCAUGUCCUACUUUUCAACGAUUCUUUAGCUCUAGGUACUAUUCGAGCUGAUGGAUCAUGGCAUAAGGCUAGUAAACACUACGUGGUAGGAUGGACGAUAGAGCUGCGUAGCCGUGGGGAAAGGGAGGCUGGUGGUAAUUCUGGAAUUGCGGUCUCAACUUUGCAAACUGAGUUUUGGGCUUGCCUUUAUGCUUUAAGAUGGGCCCGUGACAAUGGUUAUAGGUCAAUAAAGAUCUUAACUGACUCUGCCUUACUUGUCACGUCACUUAAGAAGAAGGGACCCUCGGAUAUUCACCUUUUCUGGACUUGGAAGGAGAUUAUUAAAAUCGAAAGCACCUUUCAGCAUUGCAUCAUUCUCAAGGUUGAUAGAGCGGAAGUCAGUCUCACUCAUCAUAUAGCUAACCACUGUCGGGUUACUUUAAAUAGUUUCUCUAUUCCCGCUGUUUUUGAUGUUUUUUAG